AUGAAGAACGGAUGCUUCCUGGUUCAGUUCCGGAGCAAGAAAGAUUAUGAGUUAGCCUCUGAGGGAGGACCCUGGUUACUGGGUGAGACCUAUCUCACUGUGCAUCGGUGGUACAAAGGUUUCAAUCCAUGGAAAGCGACAGUGAAGUCAACCACCGUCUGGGUACAACUUCCAGAUCUACCUAUUGAGUUCUUUAAUGCGGAGGCGGUCACUAUGAUUGCACAGCUUAUCGGGAAACCUGUUCGAGUGGAUCGAGCCACAGAGCUUGGGGCCCGAGGAAACUACGCAAGAGUUAGUGUUGAAGUUGACUUAACAAAGCCUCUCCUGUCACAAUACAAAGUUGAGGGAGUAACGUAUAUCAUCCAAUAUGAAGGACUUGAGAAAAUAUGCGGUGAGUGUGGAAUGUUCGGUCAGACGGCGAGCAAAUGCCAGUGUAGCAAAAUGGGAGUUGAAUCGGAGGAACAGAUAGUGAAUGAUAACAGUGCCUCUCCGAUUGCCUCCCAAACGGCAGGAAGAGCCUAUGGUGACUGGAUGUCCGUGAAAAAGAAAGGGUCGUGGUCAACAAAGAAAGUGGAGAGCCCAUUGAAAGCUAAUGAAACUAAGAGGGGAGAGAACCAUAUGAACAGAUUUGAGGCCCUGGGGGAGGAUGCUGAAAACGGGAAUGAUGGGCUGGAGCAGGAGGCCAUUCCCACGGGAAUGGUAACACAAUCUGAUCAAGGAGAAAGGAUGAAGGAGAAGGGGUCAGGUCCGAGGAAGGGAAGCCCUGACAAGCCCAACAGAAAGUCUGUCGAAGGUAAAGAAAGUUUCACGACUGGAUUAUCCAGCCGAGUCAGUAUGCAUGACCAAGUACCUCCAACAAAGGGAGGUAGGCAAACAAGUUCGCAAGGGCAAGGAAAGGGUACGAAAAUGGGCACAAAAGGGGUUAAUGAUCUGCAUGCAGACCAUGCAAAGGACGUGGGGAAGAAUAGGCUAUCACCGGGCGAUACAAGGGCUGUGAAUGAUAGAAGCAGUAUGAUGGAGGCGAAUGAAGGCCAAGCUACGAAUAAUGGUGCGGGGAAUCUAUCCACUUUGGGUCAUUAA